CACCUUGCCUGUGCGCGGAGAAGGCUGGGUCGCUGACGCAGGCGUGCGGCCAGUCCCGACCUACAGGUAGGGAUCACACAGCACAGUCCCGGCUCCACACUGACAUGCUCUGCCGCAGCGCCUUUCCCGACCCAGUACGGCCGGCGGGAUAAGACCAGCUGGCGGCGCAUUGCUACCUGGAUCUUGGACCGAUUACAACGCGCCCCGCAGCGGCGUCCACGGCGAGCUGGCCGUGCGCUCAAAUGUGCCCGGACGGCGGGGACUUCCUGGUGUGGGAUCGAUGGGAAUUUUCGCCUCUGGUUCGAAAGGGGGACAAAACAAACUCUCCGGACGAUGUGCAGAAGGCGGACGCGGGCGCUGUAGAUCAAGGUCAUGACUGCCUCCAGGAGCGGACCAGUGACCAGCAAGCUCACCUGUAUUAAACUUCACCUGUGCCCUGGGCUCCCACCAUGAGUUCUGAGGCAGAGCAGGAUGCAGUGAUAAAGCUUGAACAAGAGCGGGCAGAGAUUGUGGCCAAAUAUGAUAAGGGCAAAGAUGGCACUGAAGUGGAACCAUGGGAAGAUGCAAACUUCCGUCUGUACAAGGUCAUCGAUAGGUUUGGCUUCCUACAUGAGAUUGAACUUCCAUCCUCUGAUUCUAUGGAAGAAAAGCAAAAGCACCUGGAAAUGGAGAGAACGACAAAAUGGCUGAAGAUGUUGAAGAGCUGGGAUAAAUAUAAAAAUACGGAGAAGUUGGUGAAAAGGGUGUACAAGGGCAUCCCACUGCAGCUCCGGGGCGAGGUCUGGGGUCUCCUGCUGGACGUGCCCAAGAUGAAGGCAGAGAAGAAAGACUAUUAUGAGAAACUGAAGCUCAAAGCCCGAACGAUGUCCCCCGACAUCCGGCAGAUUGACUUGGAUGUGAAUCGCACAUACCGCGACCACAUCAUGUUUAUGAACCGCUACGACGUCAAGCAGCAAGCUCUGUUCCAUGUCCUCACAGCCUACUCGGUUUACAAUACAGAAGUCGGCUACUGCCAGGGUAUGAGUCAGAUCACCGCCCUGCUGCUCAUCUACAUGAACGAGGAGGACGCCUUCUGGGCCCUGGUCAAGCUGUUGUCCGGGCAGAAGCACGCCAUGCACGGGUUCUUUGUUCCUGGCUUCCCCAAGCUGCUGAGGUUCCAGGAGCACCAUGACCGCGUCCUAAAAAAGAUGCUGCCCAAACUGAAGCAGCAUUUGGACAGUCAAGAAGUGUUUACCAGUUUGUACACCAUGAAGUGGUUCUUUCAGUGUUUCCUAGACAGAGCCCCGUUCACGCUGACGCUCAGAUUGUGGGAUGUCUACAUCCUGGAAGGGGAGCGGGUGCUGACAGCCAUGUCCUACACGAUCCUGAAGAUUCACAGAAAGCAGCUGUUGAAGUUAUCCAUGGAGGAGCUGGUGGAGUUCCUGCAGAUCACCCUGUCCAAAGACUUCUUCAUGGAGGACGACUCUGUUAUCGAGCAGCUGCAAAACUGCAUGUCUGAACUGCGACGGGCCAAGCUGGAGCUGCCCACGCCGGGUAAGGAGGAAGAAUUUCCCAGGAAGCCACUGGGUCAGCUCCCACCCGAUUCCACCACCGACCACCUAGUCAACGGUCAGAGUCACCGUGGCAAAGCUGAGAGUGACCAGAAAGCAGUCAGCGUUUCCCCAGAGAAGGGCCUGGAAGCUGUUCCCGGGAUGGGACAAGAUGGGGCGAGUUCGGUGGCUGGGUCUGAAGCCGGUCCAGAUGAGAGUCCGCGGACGGGUCCAGAGGCAGUUGCAAAGGCAGAGCCGGAGCAGCUGAGGCAAGGCCGGCCCAACAGCAAGGCCAGGAGGGACUCGUUAGAGAGGAUGGUGCGACAGCACAGGAGCGAGAAGGAGGCCCGGUCCCGGGCAUCGGGGGAGCCGGAAGCCCCGAAGCCUCCAUCGAUGCCCAUCUCUACUACUUCUCCACCAGCACAGAAUGGACCGAGCAGUACUCCCGCCACAGCCAACGGAGUGACCAAUACUCGCAUCCGAGAUAUCACCCCACGCUGGGUGAAGCCCUCUGAGACCAAGCUUGAAGCAGCUAUGUCGGCCGGCACUGAGUACAGCAAGCGCCACGGGGUGUUCUACAGCCAGAGCAGCACACCGUCGCACUCUCCCUCCAUCAUGGACGAAAGCCAGUUCUUUCAGCGACAGACCCGGCUACGGUCCAGCGGUUUUGCAGCCGAAUCCAACAGGGGCUCCAACGGCUCACAGUAUGACAACGUCCCGGGUUCGGAGAUUAACGUCGUGGAGAUCCCGCGACCCCAGGUCCUGCAUGGUGAGGCACAGCUGAGGCAGGGCCCAAUCUGGACCGGUGGCACUACAGUCAGAACCAGCACUGGCCAACAGAGGCUUGGGCUGCCCCUGGACAAUGUGGGCCCUGGACCCAUGGGUCAAACUCCUCGACACAUCCCCAGCAGUCCCCGGCGGUACCACGGUGCUCCCGUGCAGCAGGACGCUCGACGGGACGGACGCUCUUUGGAGUACAACGCCUCCAUGAAAUACCACCCUGCAGAGCGUCCGCGCAGGAUAAACCCGGCACCCCCUGAAGCCAUACCCCCGGAGCAGCAUCUGUAUGGCACUAACCUGAACGUGCCCGCCAGCUUCUCACCUGACCAGGUCCUUGCCAACAGUUCCUACACUAAUUAUCGGCAGCCAUCCCCCCCACACGCUGGUCACGCCACAAGGAUUCCUAUGGGACAGAGUGCAUAUGCACAGCCGGACGGUACUCUUGCCUAUACAAGAGCGCCCCCUAGGGUGACUAAAGCACCAGUUUACCUUCUGCCCCACAGUGGGCAUGAGGCCCCCAGGAGGGCAGACCGGCUGCCCCCUCACUUGGAGGAUCAGCAGCACAGGGGCUGGGGGUUGCAGUGGGGACCUGCACCAGACGUUUUGCACCCCCGGGGAAAUAUUCCCAGAUCUCCCAGCUUCCACAAGGCACAGCUGUCCCCCCAUGAGCAGUUUUCCUACCCUCCUAGCCCAGACAGACUCCACCACUACAGGACACAUUAUCAGGAGCAGCAGAUUUUGCCGAGGCAGCAGCUCCCUCCAGUGUUCGGAGGCCAACACUACAGGCACCCUGCGGAAGCCUUUGCCUUGCAGGAGACAAUGCUACUCUGAAUCACCAAACACACAUUCUGAUUUUGUUUUCUGUUUUCUGUGACUGAUCCCGAGUCAAAAUCAUGUGACACAGUACGCCCACUCCCAAAAACAUUUUGGAAAUCAGCUGAAACUUUUGAAAAUCAGCUGAAAAUUUUUAUUCUGUUGUUGUAUUGUUAACAGCAGAUAAUCUUUGAGCUUUGAGCUCAGUUGAGUUAAUUGUAAACUGAGUUUUACCCUCUGAGCUGUGAAAAAUCUGCAUCCCCCCGGUGUGUCGAUGUUUACUCUGGGAGUGAGAAAUACAAAUGACUUCUGAAAUGUUAUGUUUUUUAUGACAUCCAAAUUUGUUAUUUAGAAUUUUUUCUCUAUAAUAUGCUUGUGAAUUUGAAGUUGAGUCUCUCUGAAUAGCAGAUAUUAAGUAACAUGGCAGAAAAAUAGAUACUGUUUUCGUUCUUUCAUUCGGACCUGCUAGGCACUACCACAGGAGUAGAGUACGGUCAAUGCAUGUCCUUUUGCUCUGGCUGGCACUGUUUGGUGCUUCUCCGGAAUCAGCAGGCUAAGUGGCUUUGCACGUCUGCAGCAACCUCCACAACCAGACAUCAGACCCUUGGGUGGGGAUGGACAGAGAAACCCCACAUUCUGUCUUGUCCAAAACCCCUUUUAUUUCCCCGUGAUGUGCAGGGCAUUAUGGGAAAGGAUACAGUUACCAGCAUUUUGGGUCUUUAUUGAUCCCGACUUGGACUAACAUGCCUGCUUCAGGGGCGACGUGUAAGGAUGGGAUAUAUACCAGCUCAGGACUCGCGGCACUACUAAAUAAACACAAGCAGCUGUGGAGGAACCACAGCCUGAAGUCGGUCCCUCUUUCACAGACUUGCUUAGGUGCUACACUUCAACAGUUUGGGCAACAUUGGAAUGCUAGUAUUUAGCUGCUGAGAAAAUGUUACCUCAAUAAUUUGGGCAAGGAACGCUAAUCCAUGGUUAGUUUUUAUUAUCGGGGGAGAUAUUAAUUAGCAUUCUUUUUCAAUGUGCUAUAUAUUUGGAUUUUUUUUUUUUACGUGCACAAAGGAUCAGUUGAAGUGUGAUUAUACUUAACUAUCUUUUGAGGUUGAAGAUGAAUGUAAAGCAAGCAGUUCAGGAUUGCUGCUUGUGGAAGAUCAGAGACCAUUUAUUCCUGUGGUCCCCAUAAGGAGGCCAGUCAGAGUCUGUGGUCCCAGCUGCCGACUGGGUCCUAUGACCCCUAGGUUUGGGUCCCACAUGGAAUAUUAGCUUGCUGGCAUUGCUACAGAGAUUGUGUUGCACCUGCUCCUGUAGAUUAGUUGGCUGGCCUACAGAGGGGGCUGUGGAGCUCACAGUGCUAUGCACAGCCCUCCCCGUGGUAGGAGUGUCGUCUGUAUGAGCAGAAUCCCCUUGUUUCUGAUUCCUCCUGGUAGGUUAUAGUGGACAGGGGAACGAGUCGAGUCCAGAUUAAUGAACCAGGAAAACUCUGCCGCUGACUGUAAGUCCUGCAUCUCCACUACCGGCCCAUUAAGUGUCUGUUUUGCGUGUUUAUUGUAAACACGCGUGUCUCGGGUUUGGCUACACGCUGACUCGCUGCUGUACCCACAUAUACUGUCCCUCACUGACACAGGUCUUCCUUCCACAGGCUCACAAACCAAAGUCCAUGUUUCUUCGGAAAAUUGCUCUGGAAAGUUUUUACUUUGGGGCAGAAAGAUGCAAACCGCAGUGGUGUGUCUGCACUUGUAUAUAAUGACUAUAAAAAACUGUUAAUUCAUUUUUUUUUGGUUCGUUUUGGCAAUUUUAUUUUUAAUAUAUGACUUGUGUUUGCCAGGAAUGAUACUGAACACUCUGGUUCCUCUUUUCUCUUUACCAAUAAUCCAGGUUGACUUGUUUUCAAAGGGCAUUAGGUGUUCUUUUUUCCCUGAGAUGUAUCUCUGACAGAAUUUCUGAGUGAUUUCUGUAUUUAAAAGCAGAGAACUCUGGCUCCUCUCUUUAUUCAGAUGCAAUUUAUGGGCCACAAAGCUAUUUCCACUGUGAUUUGCAAUUGUUCCUCCUUUAUAAUCAGUGUAUGACUACUGUACUAUCUCGUUUUAAAGCGACAGGCACCAAGGGCAGGGCUGUUCUGGAUUACUGGGUGAAACUGAUGCACUCCUUGGCUGGCUGGAUGGAAUCUUGCCAACUUAUUACCUUGCAUGAAAGCUACUUUGGGGCUUGAUUUGUACGUUCUUCAGGUAAAUCUCCAUUUACGCAUGUUUGCAAUAGCAUUAUGUUUAAAAGGAACAUUGCUGUCCUGCUCUCCUUGGUUAGCCAGAGUGACAAGGCAUUUCACUUACAAAUCCUCUUUUUCUGAUUAUCAGGCAUAUUACUUAUGAAUACUGUUGCCUAAUCAAUAAAAAAACCCUUACUGUA